AUUUUAAAGUAAUUUUAUUUAUUGAUAUAUUGAUAACAUAAUAAAUGAUGAUAAAACUAUUCUGUUAUUAUAUCAAAGUAAUAUAAAGGAGGGCGCUCACUAUUUAAAAUUACUUUAUGGUUGGUACCUAGGAACCAAACAGUACAAUAUAUUUUUAUUUUUAUUUGUAUAAAAUGGUAUGAAAUGGUAGUUCUGAAAAAGGAAUUCAAGUUCUGGCUUCAAUUUAUGAAAACAACGGCCCCUCUAGUCUCUAUAUUACUCUAUGGAUUAUACCUUGAAAGGCAAAUAACAUAGCCACAUGACCUAAAGUUAGAUUUAUGAAUAAAAAUAAACGUAACAACACUAUGUCUGCAUUUGAGUAUUAUGCUAAGAAGAGAAAUAUUGAGGACAGCGUGAACCGUAAACAUAAAAACAAGAAGAAAUUCAAAAAAAUUUCUGUUAAAAUUACUAAAAAUGAAAAAGAUGUUAAGGAUUUAAAAAAACUCAAAAGUCAUACUUUAAAUAAUAUUUAUAAUCUCAAUUUAAAAGAUUCUUCCAAAACGGGACAAAAAUUGUUUGAAUGGUUAAUACAUCCAAUCAGUAUAGACAAUUUCAUGAAGAAUAAUUGGGAGAAAACUAUCCUGCAUGUGCCAAGAAAUAGUUCUAAUUACUUUUCACAGUUGUUUUCUCUUACUGAGUUUGAUACCAUUCUUCGUGAAAAUAACCUUCAAUAUGGGACAAAUGUAGAUAUUACAUCUUAUACAGACAAUGUACGUGAAACACAUAAUCCAGUUGGCCGAGCUUUUCCUCAUGUUGUUUGGGAUUAUUUCAACAAUGGGUGUAGUGUCCGGUUACUGAACCCUCAGCUAUUCGCUUCAGAAAUUUAUAAGUUCAUGGCUAAUCUACAAGAAUAUUUUGGCUCAUUAGUUGGUUGUAAUGUUUACCUUACACCAUCAUUUUCUCAAGGGUUUGCUCCUCACUACGAUGAUAUUGAAGCAUUUGUUGUGCAAGUAGAUGGUGAAAAACAUUGGAGGGUUUAUAAACCAAGAAGUGAGUUUGAAACUCUGCCAAGGACUUCAAGCAAAAAUUUUGAUCAAAAUGAAGUAGGUGAACCAAUUCUUGAUGUAAUAUUGAGACCUGGAGAUUUUUUGUAUAUGCCUAGAGGAUAUAUACAUCAAGCUGAUACUUUAUUUACAGAAACACAUUCUUUACAUUUGACAUUUUCAUCAUAUCAACAGAAUUCUAUGUAUGAUUUUCUUCAAGUGGUGGUUAAUAAUUCUUUAAAUAAUGCUUUGAAGAAUGAUAUAUCCUAUAGAUCUGGAUUACCUAUUGGAUACCAACAUUUUGGAGGCUUAUGCGAAUCAGAAAAGCCACUUCCUCGUACUGUUCAAAGACAACAAUUUGAAAAUCAAAUCAAUCAACUUGUAGGAAAUUUAAAAAAUCACAUCGAUCUUGAUCAUGAUAUUGACAUGUUUUCAUUAAAAAAUUAUUACACAAACUCAUUACCUCCAUCAAUGUCUAAUGAUGAACUGCUACGAACAGUUACUAAUGGUACAAAAAUGUUACCUAAUGGAACAACCACUAAACCAAUGAUAGAUCUUGAAAUUGCUGAAGUUAAACUUAUUCGUAAAAAUUGUUUUAGGCUGGUUGAAGAAAGUAUGUUGGAUGAAGAUACUGAUCAAAUGAUAAAUGAAUUAAGAUUUUAUUAUAAUCUAGAUAACUCAAAACAGCUGCAUAGUAAUGAGUGUCAAUUUAUUGUCAUACCAGAUGAAAUGGGAUUAUUUGUAAAGAAAUUGUUUAAUAUUUAUCCAUCAUUUAUUAAAGUAUCUGACUUAUGUGAUGACAAUGAACAGGUUUUGCAGCUUGUGAAUGAUUUAUGGGAACGAGGAUUGUUAAUUACUUCAAAAAAUAUUACUGCUAUGUCUAAUUAGUUAUUGAAAGAAAUAACUAAAAUAUACAUAUUAAAAUUUAUGUUUGAAAUAAUACUUAAUUUAUAAUAAACAAUGCAUUUUGAAA